AUGGUUGCGGCGGCUCUCGGGGCGGCGGUGGACCGGCGGAGAAGCGGCGGCGGCGUUGCGGAAGUGGCGGAUUCAGCCGGCAGAGUUGGCCGCACAGCGCUGCGGCGUCGGGAGCAGGGGAGGCUUGCCGCGAGGGCAGCUGGAGGAGCGGCUGGCGGAGGCAGCAGCAUGAGCGGCGCUGAGCCCACGGAACCUCAGGAGACGACCGGCGAAGGGGAGCAAGCCCGGCAGGAGGAUUCUUCCCCUAUAGCGGUCGCUGUGGAACCCGUGGAGGCUGGAGUCCUUAAAGGGCUGAAGGUGGCAUGGAAAGAGGUUUGUUCAUCGCCGUAUGAAGCGACACUUUUCCAUGCGGCUGCUUUAACUGCCUUUUUUGGGGCCCUUCGGGUUAGCGAGCUGGUAGCUCAGUCAGGAAGGGAUUCCUCGGGUCGUGCUUUGAUGGCCGGGGACUUGAAGUUUGAGGGAAAGGCCGUUGCCCUUACGGUGGUGCCAUCUUCAACAUGUGUCAAGAGCUGCCAACCUGGAUCCAGCAAAAUUGUGAUGGAGGGGAAAGAAGUCUGUUGCUAUCGUUGUUCUCGGUGCCCAGAAGGGAGGAUUUCAGUGGAAGUUGAUGCUGACCAAUGCCAGAAAUGCCCAGAGGAUCAGUAUCCGAACGCAAAGCAUGACAGAUGCAUUCCCCGAAGCCUGGCUUUCUUAUCCUUUGGAGAACCUUUGGGAGCAGCCUUGGGUUCCUUGGCCCUUUUAUAUUCCUUAACCACCAUCAUAGUGAUUGGGCUCUUUGUUCUGCACUGGGACACUCCCAUUGUCAAAGCCAACAACAGGAGCAUCACCUGCACCCUCCUGGCCUCUCUCCUGUUCGGAUUCCUUUGCACUUUUCUGUUCCUUGGUCAACCUGGGGAGCUGACCUGUCUUCUGCAGCAAAAGGUGUUUGGGAUCACCUUCUCCAUCUCUGUUUCAUGUGUGUUGGCCAAAACUAUCACUGUGGUUCUGGUCUUCUUGGCCACUAAGCCAGGAAAGAGCAUCAUGAAAUGGGCAGGGAAGAGACUGGCAACAUCUGUAAUAAUUCUCUCUUCUCUCAUACAAAUUGGCAUCUGCACCAUCUGGAUAGUCACCUCUCCCCCCUUCCCAGAUCUUGACAUGCACUCCCAGCUCAGUCAGAUCACAGUGCUGUGCAACGAAGGCUCAGAGGUCAUGUUCUAUCUUGUCCUGGGCUACAUGGGCUUCCUGGCCAUCAUCAGCUUCACUGUGGCUUUCUUUGCCCGAAAAUUGCCUGACAGUUUCAAUGAAGCCAAGCUGAUCACCUUCAGCAUGCUGCUCUUCUGCACUGUUUGGGUGUCCUUUGUCCCAACAUAUCUGAGCACCAAAGGGAAAUACAUGGUGGCCGUUGAGAUCCUCUCCAUCUUGGUCUCUAAUGCUGGCUUGUUGGGCUGCAUCUUCUUCCCCAAAUGCUACAUUAUGAUAAUGAGGCCUCAGCUGAACACCAGGGAGCAACUCAUUCGGAAAAAGAAUGAUCUUACUUAG